AUGGAGCUGGUGAAACAAGAUGGCAAUGAUUCUCUUGACAUGCUUAUCAGACGUGCUGUUGGAAAGGACCCGUUUCUCACCUUCCCGAGACCUGAAAAUAGCCCAGUCCAGCUCUUUCAACUUCUCCAUACCUUGGAACGGCCAGGCUGGCCGUUGCUGACUCCAUUGAAGAUACAAAUGCAGAAGUGUGAAAAGUGCACCAGGGAGUUUUGCUCUCCUGUGAACUUUAGAAGGCAUAACCGUAUGCAUCGGCGUUUGAGAAAGCCUGAAAAGGAUUCUGGGAAAGAUAGGGAUGCGCUGGGAGACUUUUGGAAUAAGCUCUCUGUAGCUGAUACAAAGGAGAUUCUCUCAUUAAAGACCGUGAUGCUGGAGGAUGUUCCUGGGGCAUCAGUUGAGUCAGGAUUAACGGCACUUGUCGAAAGACCAGGAUAUACUGCUCUGCCACAAUUUUAUCUAAGAGCUGGUUCUGAACUCUUGGAUAUUGUCCAGGCUAGGCCACAUAGGUUUCCUCUUUCUUCGCUGGAGCUUUUUAGCAUUCUCGAUGAGGCAAGUGAAAAGACUUUCCUGACUAACGAGGCUACACAAAUGCAAAAGUACAUUUUUGACGGUGAAACUGGAAAAAAUGUACUGGAAGCUAAAAAUGUUGUUGCUAGUGCAAGCUUCCUUCUGGAACAGCGAUUGAUUAAAGCAUGGCUUGCUGACAAAGAUGCAGAAGCUUUGAGGUGCCAAAAUUUACUGGUUGAAGAGGAAGAAGCUGCUCAAAGAAAACAAGCUGAGCUCUUGGAGAGGAAGAAGAGGAAGAAGCUGAGACAGAAAGAACAGAGAGUGAAGGACCAGAAAAAAGAUGCUAAGGAAGACGAGAGUACCACAUCAGAGGAACCGCAAUGUCCAGCUGAGUCAUCAAGCUCGUUAUCCGUAGCUUCUGACUCCGAGGCACAGAGAUCAGAUUCCAUACCAAUUGAGGAUUCUUCAUCCCUCGAGGACCCUCAAGUUUUGGAAACCAACAAUCGGAGAAACGGUGAAACUCAACCGGCAAUGGCUGAUGAUGAUGGUUUGGGAAAUGGGCAAAAGAUGGAAAGGCGAAAUGGCCGUAGGCAAAUGGAAAGAUCACAACAGGGAAUGCCGAAUGGGUUCCACAGUAAUCACGCGCCAAAACUUGGAGGCAUGCGAAAGAAUGGAACCAACAGAGACGCAAGAGGCAAUGCUACUAAGGUUUGGAGCCGAAAAGCCGAUAACCCCAAAUCGUUAUCCACAGAUGCAGCAGCAGUAGCUGAACAGGAUCAAGCGAAGAACAGUGAAGUUCUGAUUGGAUCGGUAAGUGUAACAAUCCCAAACAACCAAACCAAAUGCAGUGAAGAGGAGGGAAGAACAAAGACUGUUGAAGCCAAACCCGCAUCUGAGCAAUCAACUGCAAAAGUAUGGAGACCCGUGAGCAGUCAGGGAAGGAAAGUCUCAACAGUCGACGAAAACGCAGACAGAGAAGAUAGGAACUCAAACGCAGCUGCACCAAAAGUAAAGACCGCUCAACACAUAAGCUUGCAGUUCAACAACCACGAAGCAAAGGCGUUUCUAGCAAUGAGAUGGAAAGAGGCAACCUCUGCAGAACACGUGACGUUGGUUCUGUCUCAGGAAACAGACGUCUCGGGCAACAACAACACUAACGAAUCCUCAAAUGGUGUUGUAGCCGCAAGACCAAAGCUUAGGAUGAAACCCGAAAAGGGAACGAAGGUAAAGUAUGUCCCAAAGCAGAAAAUUCCUUGA